CAUACCCUGAACACAGCAUUGAAAACUCCAUAAGAGGAAGGAAGCGAUCGGUUCUCGGGAGAGAAAACACGGUGCAACCGACCACUACCACCCGGGUAUCAGAGCAGAGAGCCGCCCGGUUCCACCGGGAGGAUGUACUUCACCGUCUUGUUGGUUCUUUUGGGGGCAACGGCUGCAAACUGUCAGGAGAGUCAUUCCCUGACGUACAUCUACACGGCCUUCUCCAAACCCGUGGGGCUGCCGGGCCUCCACGAGUUCACGGCCAUGGGCCUGCUGGACAACAGGAUGAUCGACUACUUCGACAGCGACAGCAAGGUGAAGGUUCCCAGGCAGCCGUGGAUGAAAGAGCGACUUUCGCCCGAGUAUUGGGAGAAAGGCACGCAGUCCCGCCUGAGCAAGCAACAGUGGUUCACCUUCAACAUCGACAUCCUGAAGAAGCGGAUGAGGCAGAACGACACGGACGCUCAUGUUCUCCAGUGGAGGCACGGCUGUGAGGGCGUCCGGCAGCCCGACGGCACCCUGAAGUUCACGCGCGGCAUGGACAUGUACAGCUACGACGGAAACGACUUCCUGUCCUUCGACGACGCCACCGGCGUCUGGGUGGCGCCGAUCAACGAGGCGCUCCAGACCAAGAGGAAGUGGGACGAGGUCCAGGUGCUGAAGGACUACACCUUAGGCUACCUGGAGCACGAGUGCAUCGACUGGAUGCAGAAGUUCGUGACUUAUCAGCAAAAGUCUCUGAGUGAAGCCAUUCCUCCCGAGGUGUUCGUGUACACGAGGAACACCGAGGUGGAGGCCAACGUGGCGUUGUCGUGCAUGGCCACGGGGUUCUACCCCAAAGACAUCAUCCUGCAGAUCAAGAGGAACAAGCGCGUCCUGUCCAAGGAGGACGGGCUGAAGACUACGGGCAUUCGCCCGAACGGAGAUGACACCUUCCAGAUAAGACACACCGUGGCCAUCCUGAGGACCGACCUGUCCACGUACACCUGUGAAGUGACACACCUUGCCUCCGGGCUGCACGUGGAGAAGGAGUGGGAUCACAAACUUCCUGACUUCAGUGGGGGGGCCAUCGGGGUUGCAGUGGGCGGCGUCAUUGUGCUGAUUGUUGUGGUUGUCGCGGCCAUCACAAUCAUCAUCUUGUAUAAAAGAGGACGCAUCUUCGGUCUCCUCAAGUCAACUAAAGGCUCUGUUCCGUCUCUCGACAGCGACGACUCCAUGAAACCGCUUCAGAAAAGUAAGACCGAUACCAGCAGCUCCUCCGGGUACUCCGGGUCCAGCAGCUCCUCCGGGUCCAGCAGCUCCUCCUUGUCCGAGGCCGUCGUCCUCGUGGAGGGGAAAGAAUAACUCAACUUUAGGAGCCAAUGAUUUCAAGUUUAACGAUAUUAAUUGACAAAAAUUGAUAGUCAGUUAAGGGUUUUCGUACAUUCAUGAGCUCAAAGCACACUUUAUGUACGUUAAAAAUGAGACUGCAACAAUUAAAUGUUUAGGUUCGGAAAAAAAGCACUUUCAGGAUGAUUACCUCUUGGAAGGAUGCAGGUCAAAGGUCUCAACUCACGCAGAUCACAGAACACCCUAUGAACAGUUUGACUUUGAAAAAGUAAAGCGUGUGUGUGUGUGUGUGUGUGUGUUUUAUGAGACUUUCCUGCUGUGGCAUGUUGAAAAUGAGGGCGACAUCUGAUUGGCUACAGAAAGCUCUAUGUUGUGAAUCCAGCCACCAGGGGGAGUCUCAUAACACACACGUGAAGCAAUCCACAAACAAAUGCAGUGCGAUUAACAAAUAAAUAAAUACAGAUUAAUUAGGCAAAAUAGACAUCUGUGCAAUUUGAAUUUUCUCAUGUACCAAACCAUAUCAGUGUAUUACUGAAGGUGUUCAAUACACCAAAUACAGUCUGUUGAUUAGAAGAAGACAAGUGGUUCAUGUUGCUGUGUUCUUUGGCUCAUAUCUCGGAGAUGCUUUGGUGCAGAAUGAUUUUGUAAAGAUAUUCAUAAUCUGUGUGGAGUCCUCUUGCUUUUUGCUAUCUGGAUCUUUCUGAUAGCACCGAGCUACGGGUUGCUAGUUUAAAAUGUGCUGAGUGGGCUGACAAAAUGAUGAUUUUCAUAUUUUCAUAUCAAUAUCAUAUUUUCAAUUAUUCUUUCAGUUGGUGUUUGAGUUGUGUGGAGUUGUGUGUUUAAUUUGAUAUGUAACAUCAAUAUAUUUGCUGAUAUUUAUUGUAAUGUUUUAGACAAUUUAACCAUAAUGUGUAAAUUUCACCCCAAUUGGGGGGCAACGUUUUUAAAAGGGUAAAGCUGAACUAAACGUUAAAUCAAGUUCACAGUACUUUGAGUGAGCGAUGAGCAAAAGGUAGAUAGAGAGAACACUGUAAACACACCUGUUCUAAUGAGCAUGGGCAAUUAGGCCUUAAUUAAUCUUAAGGCCUUAAUUAAUCUUAAGGCCUUUUAGGAGCUGUGAAUGUGCAGCUAUUGCGUCAUAGGCGUGAGGAAUCCUCCCGACUUUUUAAAGGAUGAAUUCGAUCGCUUCUUAAGAUGAAUGCGCUUUGCUAGAGAAAUAAAUGUCAUGUGAUUAUUUUAGUUUAGCUUUUUAUUAAAUACGAGCACUAUUCAUGCGAUAUGAUGAAUAUAUUUAAUAACUCAAUGCGUGCCAAUUGGCAUAUUGAUUAUUUCAAAUGAGAUUAUUGACGAGUUGGACGUCAGCUGCAAACGUUUUGGUCCUAAAAACGUGUUUCAGCAAACGACUUCUUUAUUUCACACAACGAGAUUUCAGGAUAUAAUAAUAAUAUAGUUUUUCCAAGUAAAGACAUCGUAAACAAUCAAACAGGAUGACGACGACACUUGAGAGUAAAACACUCGACAACAGAAUAUAAAAGAGUCUUUUACUCUGUGUGUCGUCGUCAUGUGUUUGAUCGUUUACGAUGUCUUUACUUGGAAAAACAGUCAUUAUUAUAUUAUCCUGAAAUCUCGUGUGAAUUAAAAGAAGUCGUUUGCUGAGAGACACGUUUAGGACUAAUGUUUGCAGCUGACGUCCAUCUCGUCAAUAAUCUAAUUUGAAAUAAUCAAUAUGACAAUUAGCACGCAUUGAGUUAUUAAAUAUAUUCAAAAUAAAUAUAUAUGUGUAAUUUUCUUUUCUUUAUGGACUCUUUGGAUAAUAGGUCUGGGUUCUGACCUUUGACCUUUGAGUGUUUCUCUUGAUUAAGAUAAUAAUAAUAAAGCAGUUUAACCACAA